UUUUUCUGAAAAUCAAGAAGAUGUUGGUGUAUGCGGAAGAAAAAAGCAUGUGUUGGCACUUUCUAAAGAUGUUUAAUUUAAUUUUGGAGAAAUGAAACAAUUGCUUUCUCAACAGCAAUUUUUUAUCAUCAGUCAGGAACAGACACUGAUUUUAAGAUGCAUUCGUUGGCUCUGUUUGCACUGGUUUGGGGGGGCGUGCUUGUUUUCUGUCAGGAUAACUGUCGGGUACAUGAUGGGAAAGAUGGUUUGGCAGGAAUUCCUGGAAGGGACGGCAUGCCAGGAGAAAAGGGAGAAAAAGGUCAACCAGCUUUGCAGGUUGAAUUGAGCAAGGCUGCUUUGGAUAAAAUCAAAGGAGAGAUGGGCAGCAGAGGCCCCCAAGGACCUCAAGGUGAAAAGGGUUACCUGGGUCCAGAAGGCCCACGUGGUGGCCCAGGUCCUAAAGGUCCUCCUGGACGUAGUCAAGGCAUUGACAGGAUCAUCUCCAGUCAGAGACCAGCCUUCUCUGUGCAACGAAAUCCAAACACUUAUCCUACGUAUAACCAACCCGUGACUUUCAACACUGCACUUAGCAACGUCAAUGAAUAUUUUAACCUGAACACUGGCCAAUUUACCUGCGCAUUUCCUGGGGUUUACUACUUUGUGUUUCACUCAGUGUCUGAAGGUCGCUUAUGUCUUAGGCUUAAAAGUGAUAGUAACCCUCCGGUCACCCUCAGUUUUUGUGAUUUCAACCCAAGUUCGAAAAUUCAGGCUGUGUCAGGUGGAGCUGUACUGACACUAGCUCGAAAUAAUAAAGUAUGGAUUGAACCUUUCAAGGUUGGCGAAAUUGAAAGCAACAAAAUGUCCAAGAAGUCUGAAAAGGGGUCUACAGUGUUCAGUGGAUUUUUAAUCUAUGAAAGUAAUUAGUAAAGUGAUUGCAUACAGUUUUUGAAUGAUGGUUGUGAUGUAAGCCAUUUUAAAAUGUAAAUGAGGCUGCAUUGUUUGUAUUAAACGUGCAUUAAAAAGUAAUCUGAAAAAUGUAUCAAAUUAAUUUGAAUAAAAACAAGAGAUCCAAA